AUGGCCAUGCCAUUUCGCACGCCCGCAGCUACAGGCGUAGCUUCGUCAUCAAACGCACCUUACACUUCGAAAUCAUCCUUCCUUACAAGCGGUCUAAGCCCGCUUGCGACAUGUGCGCUCAACAACACCGAAGCCAGCUGUUCCAUAUGCCUCGAGCACUACACACGCGAGGAUCCCGCUUCCCAGGUCACUCAAUGCGGUCACAUCUUCCACACACCCUGCAUGACGGAAUGGGUUGAAUCAGGAUCAUCAACAUGUCCCAUGUGCCGUGCACAGCUCUUCACCCCUCCGAUAAAAACCAAGGUGAACAGCAACCACCCAAGGAGGAACAUGUUUGGCAGGCGAUCCAGCGAAAGGAGCAUACCAGGUCUACCAAGGAUGCAUGAGGGAUUCGAUACAUACUCUCAGUGGCGCAUGGGUUCGUUGGGAUUGGGGACAGGAAUGGGGAGUAAUUUUCAGCCGUCGACACCUGAGGCGCCCUUGGACUACUAG